UCUACACUUUUCACAUACCUCCGCUUCGUCGGCGUGUGCUACGGCACGGUGGGCAGCGACCUCCCGUCCCGGAGCGAGGUGGUGCAAAUGUACAUGUCCUUGGGCAUCAACGGAAUGCGCAUCUACCACCCCGACGGGGAGGCGCUCGACGCCCUGCGUAACUCCGGCAUCGGCAUCAUCCUCGACGUCGGCGGCUUCGACGCGGUGUCCUGGCUCGCCGCCAGCUUCGCCAACGCGGCCUCCUGGGUCCACGACAACGUCAGCCCCUACUACCCGGCCGUCAACAUCAAGUACAUCGCCGUCGGCAACGAGGUGCUAGGCGCCGGCGCCACGCAGAGAAUCCUCCCGGCCAUGCGGAACGUCAAGCUGGCCGCGGCCGGCGUCCUCGCCGGCAUCAAGGUGUCCACCUCGGUGAGGUUCGACGUCAUCGCUAACUCCUUCCCUCCCUCCGCCGGCGUGUUCGCGUACCCCUACAUGACGGCCAUAGCCCAGCACCUCGCGAGCACCGGCGCGCCGCUGCUGGCCAACGUCUACCCCUACUUCGCCUACAGGGACGACCCGAGAGACAUCAGCCUCGACUUCGCCACCUUCCAGCCCACGGCCACGCCGGUGGUCGACGUCAACAACGGCCUGGUCUACCGCAACCUCUUCGACGCCAUCUACGCCGCGCUGGAGAAGGCCGGCGCCGGGAACGUGAGGGUGGUGGUGUCGGAGAGCGGGUGGCCGUCGGCGGGAGGGUUCGCGGCGACCGUGGACAACGCUCGGAAGUACAACCAGGGGCUGGUCGACCAUGUGGCCGAGAGACCGGGGCAGCUGGAGGCUUACGUAUUUGCCAUGUUCAUCGAGAACCAGAAGUCCGGGGAUCCCACCGAGAGAAACUUUGGGCUCUUCUACCCUAACAAGUCGUCGGUCUAUCCGAUUACCUCUCCGAAUCUGCAGGCUGAAAUAUAA